AUGAAUUCUUCUUCUAGGCUUCUUCUUCUUGUGCUCUUUGGUGCUUUCGUUUUCACCACUGGUGCAAGGAAGCUUGGCAGUGAGAAGGCUUCCUUUGAGGAUCAGAAAAACUUCUUUCACCACGGCGGUGGCGGGCUAGGGGGUGGAGGUGGUGGUGGUCUUGGAGGAGGUGGAGGGUUAGGCGGCGGUGCUGGUGCUGGAGGAGGAGCUGGUUUUGGUGGUGGUGCUGGAGCUGGAGCUGGUGGCGGACUUGGAGGAGGCGGCGGUGGAGGCUUUGGUGGUGGUGGCGGUGGAGGACUUGGGGGUGGAGCAGGUUUUGGCGGGGGAGCUGGUGGAGGGUUUGGGGCUGGCGGUGGUGCUGGUGGUGGAGGAGGGUUCGGAGGUGGUGGUGGUGGAGGACUUGGGGGUGGAGCAGGUGGAGGUUUCGGUGGUGGAGCAGGCGCUGGUGGCGGGCUUGGAGGUGGAUUCCCUUGA